CAGGUCGCGCGGUAAGGAGCGGAGCAUCUUCCUCCUCCUCCUCAUUCACUCGCUCUCUCUCCUCAUUGCCAUAACAACGGAUGCAGCGCAUCAGUCCGCGCGGGAUCAACGCUCAGCAGCCGCGCGGGGCGGAAUAAACCCGCACCGGUGCCGUUAAGACUCCGCAAAGGUGACACACGCACGCACGCACGCACGCGCGCGCCUGCCUCUCCGAACUAUUUACGUCAAACCGUUUAAGCUGCUUGAGCGAGACGAGCGCACGCGGGAGAUCCUCACACCGGGGCUGUUCGGUAACGGCGCAACCGGGAGAAGGCGAGGGAAGAAAGACAAGCGGAGAGCAGGAAGUGCAGCGUGGGAAAGCGGGGAAAAUCUCCGGGGAUCUCCAGCGCUCACUUCUCCAUCUACGGUCCUCCCCGUCUUUUUUUUUCUUUUUUUCUCCGCCAUGGCUCGGGAGAACGGAGAGGUCGGCGGGGAUUGCUCGUGGAAGAAGCAGGUCGACGAUAUCAAGGAGAUGUUUGAAUUCAAGGAGGUGCUCGGGACGGGUGCGUUCUCAGAGGUGGUGUUGGCAGAGGAGAGGUCCACGGGAAAGAUGUUCGCGGUGAAGUGCAUCCCUAAAAAAGCGCUGAAGGGAAAGGAGAGCAGCAUCGAGAAUGAGAUUGCCGUUCUACGCAAAAUUAAGCACGAGAACAUAGUGGCGUUGGAGGACAUCUAUGAAAGCUCCAAUCACCUCUACCUAAUAAUGCAGCUUGUGUCUGGAGGCGAGUUGUUCGACCGGAUCGUGGAGAAAGGUUUCUACACGGAGAAAGAUGCCAGCACGCUUAUCAGACAAGUACUAGAUGCCGUGAACUACCUCCACAGUAUGGGCAUCGUACACAGAGAUCUAAAGCCAGAGAACCUGCUCUAUUUCAACCCUCAAGAUGGCUCAAAGAUCAUGAUUAGUGAUUUCGGUUUGUCCAAAAUGGAGGGGACGGGUGAUGUCAUGUCCACAGCCUGCGGAACGCCGGGAUACGUGGCUCCAGAGGUUCUCGCCCAGAAGCCGUACAGCAAAGCCGUGGACUGCUGGUCUAUCGGAGUCAUUGCCUACAUCCUAUUGUGUGGUUACCCUCCCUUUUAUGACGAGAAUGACUCCAAACUCUUUGAGCAGAUCCUGAAAGCGGACUACGAGUUCGACGCGCCGUACUGGGAUGAUAUAUCUGAUUCAGCAAAAGACUUCAUCAGUUGUUUGAUGGAAAAGGACCCGACAAAGCGAUACACAUGUGAACAGGCCCUUCGACAUCCCUGGAUCGCGGGAGACACUGCGCUCUGCAAGAACAUCCACGAGUCUGUCAGUCGACAAAUGCGCAAAAACUUUGCAAAAAGCAAAUGGAGACAAGCCUUCAACGCCACGGCCGUGGUUCGCCACAUGAGAAGACUGCAGUUGGGCAGUAGCAUGGGGAGCAGCAUGGACCAGUCAAACAACGCCAACCAAAACCGCAUACUGAACGCCAACCAGACUCCAAACCUACCGCCCAACACCACACCAAACUCCACCCAAAACCACAAACCGGCUACCAACGCAAACGCCGUGCUCAUUAACGAUAUGGCCACAGGAAGCACCUCUAUACCACGCAAAGACUGUACUGCCCCUCCCCACACUUCCUGUUCCCUGGCAUCAGCUGCUUCCUCCUCUGCCUCAGGGGCGGAGCCCUGCAGGCCCCUCCCUCCCUCAGUUGCGUCGGUGAGCACAGUGCUAACUGGGACCAAGUGACGCCAGGUUCUGCGGGGAGAGAGCUGGGAGGCCACCGCCCUGUGAGCCCCGCCCCUCAGCCCACUCCCCGCCCUGCCGUCCAAUAAGGCAGAGGACUGACCCAUCGCCAUAGCAACCACCGAGAGGCUCAAAACACUGCGCGCGCCUAACGCACUCCUGCCAUUUAACCUCCAGGCCACUAGAGGGUGCAAUGCAUGCAGCGGCAGGAGAUGGGGAUUUCCAGCAGAAGGCUUCCAAUUUGAGAAGUGAAUUCGUGCGGCUGGACAGAACUAUGAUGUCUUUGCUAUGAAUGUGCUACGAACCUCGCCAGCCAUCAAAAAAAAAGGAAAAAAAAACGAAGAAUGCAGAGGUUUAGGUGCGAAAGCGUGUGCAUGAUCACGUCCGCCCUUAUAGGAGGACGGCACCAAUGUCAAAUGAUUCUUCUUACUAUAUCGUAACAUGUCUAGCUCUUCCCUCUUUACUUUCUCUAUCUACUCACGAUUUACGGUAUUUCUCGUUAGCUACCAUUUUAAUCUUUCGGGGGUUUUUCCACUGAUGCGUCACGCUGACCUGCAGAAGUGCUUUUAAUAAUCACGUUAGACUGUUUUGCGACAUUUUCCGAGUCGAGACUUAUGUUUGCACAUUUGUACGAGAGAACAGGUAGCGUUUUACGAAAUGGGAGAUUACCGAUUUGCGACCUCGCCGUCGUGUUUUAGCUUUGGGAAGUUCGAGAUAUCUGUUAAAACAUGCAAUAUGUUUGACCGUUAUCUUACUUUACUGGACUUUUUUCUUUUAAAGCAGAGAGAAAAACGUGUUUCUGCUUCAAACGUGACUUUAAAUACACACAGACAGUCAGUGUUAGUUAUUGAAUAAAGUAUAACUGUUAAUACGCAACUCAAAUCUCCCGAAAAGCCAUGGCAGCGUCUUUCUACGCCCAGUGUACGAGUUCUCAGGGAAUUCCGCAGCUGCACUGGGCAACUUAAUGAUGGUAUCUUUAGUAACGCCUCCAUGGUUUGAGAUCGUCUCAUUCCGGCUGGAAUAAUGUCAAAAAUGUUGAUUACGAUGAUGGACAGCUGUUUAACUCUCACGAUUGUAUGAAAAUUUGACCAUGCUGGACUACUGAUAUGUUAUGCUACGUUCAUGCCAUUUCGGAAUUAGCCUACAGUGAUAACAACCUCCUAAUAGAGAGCAAGAGUCAGGGUCUGGAAGUAAAUGCCAUCGGUUUUCUCCAUUAGAGAUUUUAAGCCUUUAAUCGCCUACUGGUUGUUUAUCAAUGGUAUUUUUUUACGCUUAUCAAUAGCAUUAUUUCAACAUUCUGGUGAAAAACUACAUGAUUCUGAAAAAAAAACUACACUCCCGUAAACCACUAAUGCUAAUGACUGAUCUGCGCUUUCAAACUACUUGGCUUAUAACUCUUAAAUGGAGAAAAUGAAUGGGAUUAUUGCACUCUAUUCCACAAGUUAAGGGCGGGACUGACUGUUUCAUUCGGCCAAUGGGAGACGGAGGAGUGUUUACGAAACCGGUUACUAUUUCUGCAACAUUUAGUGAUGCUAGUGGCAUAGAAACUUCACUUUAAAGAGGUAGUUUAAGCCAGCAUAUCAUGGUGUACUUUCUUCACUCUUCCUGAUUUUGCAAAAAAAGUGGCUAUUUAAUGUGGCUGUUAUAUAUUUUGCAGUAAAGUCAUCAUUAUGCGUAAUUCUGACUCGAACGCAGCAUAACUUUCAGUGACUUUUAGCAUCUUUCCAGCACGACUCAAAGUGUCUGAAUUUCUAGCAUUGGUUUAAGGGCUAAGUUAAGGUUUUUACACUUCCUUAUUGAUGGGUGACUGGUCUUCUGUCCCCGACCUGCUCUGCUUAUUAUGUCCUGUCGGGUUUUUAAAGUGACUGAUGUCUUCUUUGCCCUUUAUGGUUUGUUAAUAUCACAGGAGGGAACCUCGUCUACGGACAAGAUUUAGGAGUGUGUGACAUUUUCCAAAGUGCCAUCGAAUAUCUUCAUGCAUUUCCCAUUAGUUUCAUCCUGAAUGUUUGUCUCGGUGUGGGCGGCGCUUCACCGUGAGGGGUUUGAGCUAAUGGGUUUAUUUUUCAGUCAGGUCAUGCAUGCACCAUUUUGUCUUCAUUUUCACACUCGAGAGGAGUUCGUAAUCUCACGAAACUGGGGCGACGUUACGAUUUUGUAUGUCACGGAAGCCGUUUUCUUUGAGAGCGAACCAUACUGCACAUUUCUGUUUCAUUCAGAGCCGUUUACGCUGCAAGCGUAAAAGUAACAGUUGAUUAAAUGAAUGUUGAGCUCUUUUGAUGGUAUCUGUGGCAUAAUGUUGACUACCGCAGGAAAUCAUUUCAAUUGGUCUCUUACUUUCUAAGAAUAAAAGUCAACUAGAAAGGACUUUUCUUAAAGCGCAUCUAUUAAUUUUUCUUUAAAAAUAUGUUAUCUGAGCUAGUUAUUCACCUAGUUGACAGUGGCAGUUUGAUCUUAAAUACAUAUUUUCUACAAGUUCAGUCAUGUAAACCUUUACGUUACCGUUGUGCAUAUUGUAUUAAAUUUACCGUAUUUUUUAUUUGUGACGCAUCGUUCGCAAGCAAUUUUUCCAGCUAGUUUCAUUCUUCGAAAACUGUGCAUGAAAAAUAUUUGAUGUAGAAACAGCACAAAAAGCUGAUAGCAAACCUCUCAAACUGUAAAGAAAUGGCAUUGAAUUAAAAUGUUGACGUAGAAAGUGUGAAAUUAUUAUUUUCUCUUUUUUUGUAACACGCAUUCCGGUUAUGUCGAAGAAAAUAAAUAAAAUGAGUGUACAUGACAUUUAUUUCAUUGCCGUUUCUUGCCUAUUCUACUAUAAAUGUCAUUUUUGCUCGUUUUUUUUAUAAACUGACGGACGACUGGAAAUGAUUUUCUGUGGUAACAGGGCUUAACACUUUUGGCUUCAGUGUCCACGUAGUACGUGUUCGUAAGUGCCACUUUCUUCUGUGUGUAUUUAUGGGUGUAAAAUGCAGGAAAUCUGUCCGAUAUGCUGGUUUCGAUUUUUUUAAAACCCACAAAAAAAAAAGUAUAAACCAAAAUAAGGGGGUGUUUUGAACAAAGAUAAAUAAUAUAGCUACUGCCACUGCAAGCCAAACCUAAAUGUAUUUGAAAUCUAACAAUCAAAAACGUUACCGUAGUAAUGAAAUGCACACACAUGUGCCAUGGCUCACACACACACACAAACACACUCGGAUCGAUCAGCGAGCGCAGUGAAGGUCAGAGGGGAGCGAUGUUUCGGUUCACUUCGAUUACAGCAUCACUGUGGUCUGUCUGCGUCCAGAGCGAAUCACUCCGUGCGUCCGAAGGCUUUGUAAAUAGACUGUGAUUGUGACGUGUCUAUCAUGUUGUCCCUGAGGAGAUGUUAGUGUGUCCCUUGCGUGUCUCAUUUCGUUCUCUAAACACUGCCUUUCUCUGCAGUUAUCGGGCCACACUUGACUGUAACACACACACACACACACACAGAUGUAUAUUCACAAACCCGUCUCUCACUCAGUGUCGUACGUUCAGAGAAAAAUCAAACGUUUCUAUUGUACAAACUUCACGCGCGCAACAUGGUGAAUAUUUAACGACGAUCUGUUGUGAUGCACCUUCUCCGGACGAAUCGUUUCCUGACGUUUUCUCUUUUUUUACCAACUCAGGCGUCACUUUUGCCUCUUACGAUGAAAAAGCUGUGACUGACAAGUGUCUGUGCUACCCAGUGACUGUGCAGUUUUAAACUUGUCCCUUGAAUGUCGACUUCUCGCAAAUUUAAGAAAGAAAAAAAAAAAAAAAAACCUUGCAACUGCAUCGAAUGAUUUUAUAAAAGAACCGCGAGCAUGUUAAAUGCGCUUUCCGAUUCAACCGAUUGUUUGCGUAUUUUCAAAAGUCCUCACCAUGUAACUAUGUGUACGAAGAAAUAUGUCUAUAUCUAUAUGAAUAUAUAUUUAAAAAAUGCAACUCUGAUAAUGCAGGCCUUGUGAUCUCUGCGUCUCUGACACAACCUGUCCGAAAUAAAAGUUGCCCAGUGAAAUGUGAAUUAUAUACUCAUAUGCAUGUGACAAUGAUGAUCAUAUUUUGGGAGUGGCAUACGAAUACUAACUUUACUGUGACGUGAUCUUCUGUUGAUAUGGGGCUUGUAUAUCCAAUGCCUUUGACAAUCAUCUGCACAUAUCAAAGUUUAUAUUCCAUGCUGUAAAGCAAUGGGGAAUGAAUGAUUGUUUAAUUUUUUUCCUUUCUUUUUCUUUCCUUUUUUCCUUAAAUAAAUCCUGAAUGAUCAUGA